ACGCACCUAGGUGUCAUCUAUCCAUUUAUAAAUGCAUUUUGAUUUCAGCAAUUGUUCCGUAAUACGAUACCCAACUAAGUUUAUAUGACCUGCUGGCAUGCGUUUGAUCACCAAAUAUGUAACCGCCCCUACCCCUCCGUGACCCCACCUUCCUCGUCUAUCUCCGCUCCCACUGCUACCGGUCUUAUAAAGGCCUCGCGUCCUCCGUCUUCACUGGCAGCACCGCGUCUCACCGUGACCCAAUCCAUCGAUGUCGGCGAAGAUGAUGGCACCGGUGGUGAUAAUGAUGAUGAUGAUUGUGGGGGUGAUGAAGGUGUCCUGUUCUUUGAACGCCACGACCAAUCUCACGUUGAGCGCGGUUCUGGCUCCUGACGACUUCCACCUCUCGUGGGCGUUCGACAGCGACCAGAUCGUCCUGGAAGCUCGGGUUCGCACCCGGGGCUGGGUCGGGCUGGGUCUGAGCUCCACGGGGAUGAUGGCCGGCUCUGACGUGGUGAUCGGGUGGGUGGACAGCGCAGCCGCUACCCACCUCGUGGACGCACACAUCGAGAUGGAUCGGAGCCUGGUGCGGGACGCGAGCCAGGACUACAAACUCGUGGGGCUCAGCGAGAACGGCACCCACACGGUCAUGCGCGUGGUGCGCGCGCUGCGCACGUAUGACGCCAACGACAGGAACAUCACCGAGGACACGGUGCGCCUGAUCUGGGCCUACAGCACAGACGACCCGAAGAGCGAGAACGUGACUGACGUCCCGUACCACAGCGCGGCCACGCGGGGCUCCAAGAGCAUCCAGCUCCUGAGGCAAGGAUUUCCCACCGAGCAGCCCCUGCCGCAGAACUACUCCACGUUCGACGUGGUGCAGAGCCAGUUCCUGAUACCUCCAGUUGAAACAAACUACGUGUGCAAUGUUAUGCAAUUACCCAACCUGACCAAGAAACAUCAUCUCAUAAAGGUGCAGCCGCUGGUGCAGGCCGGGAACACGCGUUUCGUGCACCACAUGAUAGUGUACGCGUGCGAGACCAACGUGAAUAUGUCCUACAUAAAUACAACCUUUCAAUGCUACUCGUCGAUGGGUGCAACCAAUCACCCCAGCGCCAGGUGCUUAAGUGUGCUGGCUGCAUGGGCUGUGGGCGGAGAGACGUUCGACUACCCCGCAGAUGCCGGAUACUCGCUGGGCAUGGACGCAGACCCGAAGGUCGUGAUGCUGGAGAUGCACUACAACAAUCCACAAGCGGCGUCUGGUGUGAGCGACAGCUCAGGACUUCGCUUGUACUACACACCUAACCUGCGCAAGUACGACACCGGAAUACUGGAGACUGGCAUUUUGCCAAACAUAUACCACUUCAUCCCCCCGAAGACGACGAGCUUCACGAGCUAUGGGAUCUGCAACACCAGAAGCUUCGUCACCGCCAACUCCAACGACACCUUGCAGGGGCAAGUGUCAGGAACCAUGAACGUAUUCGCCACUAUGCUCCAUUCCCACCUGGCCGGUAUCGCGAUUCAAGUGCGGCACUUCAGGAACGGCAACCAGAUUGGAAACCUUGGUCGUGACAUGGGCUACGACUUUGGAUUGCAGGAGACGCGCUACCUCAACAAUCUGACGGCCGUUCUGCCGGGAGACCAGGUGGUCACGGAGUGCACCUACAGGACCACAACCCGCACCGUGACCACCACCGGUGGACUGGGCACGAUGAAUGAAAUGUGCCUCUCCUUUCUAUACUACUACCCCAAAGUGAACAUUGGACUUUGUCGCAGUAUGUACGACAUAACUACUGUAGCUCCAGUGAUGGGAUUCACUUUGAAUUCGCAAUGGCCAUAUUACAUCACCAGCCCACAAGCGUUCUUCAGAUAUUUUUUAUUUGAAAUCUAUGACGUCAUCCCCUGGACCGAGCAGCUGGUUUGCCAAGUGGAGAGUGCCGCUCGUAACGCAACGCAAUACGUCUCCUCCCUAAACGACCUUUUCCCCAUUUUAUCCGUCGAAAAGAUCCCCAAGCUUCCCACGGACCCCACAGCUCAACCUUGUAGCAAAUUUACCAUCUCCACGGCGAAGGGAAGUGCUCCCGAGAUGAAUGCCGCUCUCACCACACUUCUGCCGGUGCUCCUCCUGCAUCUGAUGGGGACCGCUCUGCUCGUCGCCUGACGCUCUGUUCAUCGAUGUGGAUGCCCGCUACGUACACCACCUUCUCCACCACCUGCUCGUUCCAUCACCUACACCACGUGCUCCUCCAUAAAUAACAACCACCUCCACCGCCUACUCCACCAAUUACACCAAGUUAUUUACAUCGCCUACACCAUCUUCACCUCCACCACCUACUUCACUCCACCACCUUCUCCAAUACCACUGCAUACAUCACUUCACCACCUACACCGCCUUCUAGUCCCCCAACUACAAAUAGUUGAAAAAUAUUGGAUGGUAAUUAUGUUUAUUUUGUUAUUAAUGACAAAUGUGUAUGUGUUAAUGUUAAUUGCAAUAUUUAAUCAAUAUUUAUUUAAUUGUUGUCGAUUAUUAGGAGCGAUUAUCAUAAAGGUUAGUUAUUCUAACAUGAAUUCAAGAUCAUUUAGUGAAUUCAGUGAACGAUAAAUUUUAUUAUUGGCUUUCAUGUUGUCAAGGGAUUUGUAUUGACAAUCGUGAUAAUAUCAAUGAUUCUCACUUUCAACAUUUACUCAUUCUCGCUUUAUCAAUUACUAGCAGGAAAUACCCGGCGUUGCCCAGGUACUUGCGGCUAUCUUUUGUGAAUGUAGAGUGGUUCAAUCACGGUGUUCAGAAGGAGGGGGUCAAUUGCGUUACAGCAACUGUUAAUAUUUUGCUGUGCCAUGGGGCCUCUAAUAAAUAUAAUAUAACGUGCCCACAAGAGGGUACGGAAAUGAUAGGACGAAGCGUUUUUUUAAGCGUGAGUGAUGCCGUGUUGUUUGUCUCGCCACGCAAAGACGACGGGCGUGCUCGCGGAGGUUGAUCGUUGUUGUAUGUGCUGGUUGUUGAAAAUAUGAUGAAAAUAAUACAAAUUUAAUUCACUAAAAAAAAAUCCGUAUUUAUCUGAAAUUAUGAUAAAUUUAUGUAAUUAUGCGCAUAAAUUCGAGAGCUAAUUGUAUUAAUUUAUGUUAAUGUGUGCGAUUAUGCUAAUGUACACAGUUAUGAUAAUUAGGCUCAACCUCGUUGACGAGGGUCGUAUCAUCAAUCGGGAUCGUACAGUUAAUCGUGUGAAGUUAUGCAGGUGUGCUGUAAGUAUGCCAGAUUAACCUCGCCUUCGUUGUCUAGGUUCGUAUUAUCAAUCGGUAUAAUGCAAUUAUUCUCGCUUUAACCUUUACUGAUUAUG